AAGAAACCUCGCUCGAAUAGUGUGCCGAAAAAAACACGCACAGAAACGAAUCAGAACGGCAGCAAAGAUCUACUACCUGGCAGUUGAGAAGCGGUUGGAAAUUUUUUACAUUAUGAAAUAAAAUAAUUUCAAUUAAAGAAUUGGUGAAAAAUAGAAAGUCUUGCUGUCGCUAGUGAUUUGUCGUAGAAGUUUGAUUGGCAUACAAGGAACGUGGCACGCUGAAUUCAAAUUGCCAACAUGGAUUUGAAGAAUUUAUGCCAGAACAUCGAUAUUAGCAGCCUACGAGCACGCAUACCCUCAUUACCAGCGAUGCCGCAAAUUAAAUUGCCAAAGUCAUUACCAAAAUUGCGCUCACGUCGCAUAUUCAGUCGUUCGCGUGAGGACCUAAGUCGCAGCGGCAGUAGUAAGGGCGCAACGGCGAAGGAUCAGCAACUCCAGCAGCCUGGCGUACAUUUGACAUUGAGUCGUCAGCCGCCACUGCCGCCGCCCAUACCACCUGCUGAUUUUAUCAAUCACUCACCGUGUCACAUCUCGACCGUCUCGUCACUGAUGCAGCAACACCAGCAGCGGCAACAGCGAGGCGAUUCACAACGCGGCACAUACCGCAGUGCCUGUAGCGUGGAUGAUGAUUAUCCAUCACCGCGUCAAUUUCAGGCACCCGGACGUCUCUCACGUCCCAUCAGUCCGAUACAUACGCCAAUGAAUGAUGGCGGCGGCGAGGAGGCAGUAGUAAAAAUGUCGCUAACCGAAAAAUUGCAAAAGGGUUAUAAGGAUAUCAGCGAAUUUCGCUUGAGUCACAUAUUCGCUAAGAAAACGGUGGUGCGUAAGGACGUCAUACAAGUGGAUCACUAUGUCGAGCGUUAUAAUGAGGAACGUGCGUAUGAGCAGGCCGAACAAGAGAGACGUGAUCGUAAAAUUGCUGAUAAUUAUCGUUUCAAUUUCAAAGUUUCGCGACAGGACACAGAUAAUAGUAAGCGGAGCAUGAGUUCAGAAGAAGCGCCUGAAGACGCGGUGGAUACGCAUGCACGUAAAGUGCGUGAGCAGAGCGAAGACGAAAGUGGCAUGGAAGUGACGCCUCCACCACGUAAGCCAGGCAUAGCAUCAACGCGUUUCGCGCGCGUACGCAAUCCACCGCUCGAACAACAUUUAGACUAUGAGAGUAAUAACGAAUUGGACGAGGAUGAAGAAGUACCAGCGCCGAGAGGUGUGUCCCAACAGCAGCGUAAGUCGAAAAUGGAACAAAGUUCUCCUGAGAGCAUGACCCAAGAGCCCGUAAAAAGAGGUGCAUUAAACAAAUUGCGUCGCAUGAGCAAGAGCAGCGAGGGAACACCUGAGCAAACGGCCGAACGCAAGCGACGUCGUGCGCCGCUCUCUCCGCAACAAUCCGAGGAAAAAUUGGAGGCACCAGUCACAACAGAGAAUGAGCAUAAUCCCCUUAGUGCGUUAAAACAGAAUAUUAAACGUUUCUCGAAAUCAAUAAGGCGCGCACACGAAGCUGAUGGUAGCGGCAUUAAAGCAGACGAAACAGAUGGCGAUGACACGCCGAAUAAACAAGAGACUAAACACAUUAGUCGUACGGAGAAGUUGGCCGCACGUCUACGGCGAUUCGCUUCACAUGACGCGUCCACCGAGAAUUUAGAUGAAACAACACCAAAGAACACCGAAGAACCGCGUUCACCUAUACGCGCAGUUAUUACAAAUAAACUGCAAACUUGGAAGAAGAGUUUUAAGCGCAGACCGAAUGAAACCGAAACACAGACGGGUGAUGACACCACACCUGAGCAUGGUGUCGCUGAAGAGGGCAAGCGUUCGGACACACUCAUGAAGAAGCUACGAAAUAUGCGACAACGUAAGCGUGCAAGCUCUACAGAUGAUCUCGAUGGCACUGAAGAUGAAGAAGGUCGCAACACACCAGCAGCGACCACAACCAGUAAAUCCAAAGAUGCAAGCUCCCGUAAGACGGUGAACUUUGAAGCGCGCUUCGAGCAGGCACGCAAGCAGACUUUCAAAAAGAUGAAUGAGAAGAUGCAACAAAUAAAGUUCUUUCAUAAGUCGCAAGAGAAUCUCGAAAAGGACGAGGGUGCUACAACCCAGAAUGCUGUUGGCAGACGAGCAGAUAUGGAAGCUGCUCGCGCUGAUGAGGAGUCAGAGGACGAACGUACGGUUUAUGUUCGACCACGUACCGCUGCAAGACGUGCGGCAGCACGUGAUACACCAAGUGACUCGGAAGAAGAACAUCAAGGACUGCAGCCAACAGAUGAGCCGCGUGCCGAAAGUUUCGAGACCACACGCCACGAAUACGACUACAAUGGCGAACACAUACAACAUACGCGAGCACUAUGGACUACAAAGAACUUACUCACCGACUCGCUGGAUUCCGAAAUGGACACCGAAUUUCCACGUGUACUCAUACACCAAGAUAACUCGGAUCAAUUUGAGUCGACACUUAUUAUAGCAGUAACACGGCCGGCGCCAUCAACGCCCAACACGCCCAUCAUUGAGGAAAUACACGACGACUUGCAGAACGUAAAACCACCCAGACGGAGCCGUUCGCCAAGUCCCGGCAGUAGUCGCGCAGAGUGGAUACCAAAUAAUGAAAUUAUAUCAACUUUCCUCGAAAUAACGCCACCUAGUCAGAGACGUCUGUCGGCAGAGGCCAUACUACCAGCGCCACGUGGUCACACACGUAAAAUGUCCAUGGAUUCCAAUUCCAAUUCCGACUCAGACUCUUGGAUACCUGAGAACACUCGCAAUAAAAAGCUUGGUCAACAGAACAAAGAAGGUUCAGUGGAAGCGAACUCAGGGGUGGCACUCAACAGUAUCGAUGAGCAUGAGGAACCGUGGAAAGUGCACCAACAUGCCUACUGCGAGGAAAAGCUCUACAAAACCAAAAGUAUCGAUAUAUUCGAAGCGAGUGUACGUAAAGGCGGUGCUAGGGCAGCAUUCGAUGACUUCGAGGAGGAGCUGCGUGAUGAGCCCAUACUUAGAGUACCGCAGAAGAAUAUAGAUUCGUCGUUUGAGAAGGAUAGCAGUGAAGAGCCAUUUGCCGCCGACGAUGACAAUUCCUCGCGUGUGACAAGGAUUUCGGUGAGUGUCAUACGUGAAGAAUAUGAAGAGAUGCAAGAAAAUGUGGUAUCCAAAGAGGAAAUAAAAUUAACAGAAGAUACCGUGCGCCCUGUUUGUGAAAGUGAAAAUGAAAGUUUAAUUGCAAAUGUAGAUGAGGAAGAGCGAAAGCAGCUAAAUGAAGAAAAGUAUUUCGAAGUAAGAGCUGGAGAUAACGACGACGGCGACGACGGCGACGACGACGACGUUGAUGACGAUGAAGAUGAAGAUGAUAGACCACCGUCCGCGACGCCAUCGCCACCGCCUUCUAUGUCGCCGCCACCACCACCGUUGCCACUACGGAAACCAAUGCUACUUGCAGCCAAAUCAAUUGAAGAAUCACCGCCAGUGCCUAAUACGAAACCACCAGUGCCACCAGCUAAGCCACCACCGCGUAUACCCGAUCGUACACCGUCUAUGACACGUAUCGCUAAGCCACUGGUAAAGACCUCAUCCUUACGCCUGGCAUACAACGAGCAAGUGAAGCCAUCCGACGUGGGCAAAGUGAACAAGCUCAUUUCACGUUUCGAGACACCACAAUCCAAAGUCACACAACGACCGCGCGUCAUACGCAGACGUUUGACACGCGACGAGUCCGAGGAAUACACAGACGAUGAAGAUGAUCUGGAGGAAGACGAAGAAAGUGAGCAAGAAAAAGCCGCGAACUCUGAAAGAGAGCGCGAUAUCACGCCAACACCAACGAAUACGCCGCGUACGUUGUCGUUAGAAUCCGACGUAGAGAACUUAUUAACUCGUGCAAAUCCGGUGACUAAACACCAAAAAGCGAGCGCAAAAUUGGAAGAAAAGAACACGACACCAACAAAUCGUAAAAACUCGGGUAACGGUAAUCAACCGAAAGUGUACAGUGAUUUACCGCGUAUAACGCUAAACUUCGAUAACAAUUCUAAUUUGGAUUUGAGUUGUGCAAGCUCUGAAUAUGGCUCGCCGCUAGAGUAUCCCUCCAGCUUGAUUGGUUCGACCGAAACCACGCCAAUACCAGAACGUAGACCACAGGAGCUGCAGAACUUGAGAAGUGCCGAACGUAGUCGACGUUCAAUGACACGGGAAGACGAAAAAUUCUUAUCUUUCGAUAGCGAUGAUGAAAACAGCUACUAUUCGAUCAGUUCGUCCGGCAGCAGUCGUUAUGUAGUGGAGAUAUGAGAUUUUCAAAGACGAUCUGAGUGCUUAGUAUGUAAGAAUAUAUGUACUUAUGUUAUGAAGUGGUCUCCUGUGGUGAGGUCCGAUGUAUGUAUAGAUAGAUAUAGUUCUAAAUGUGUUAAGAGCCUAAAUAUGAGGCUAAAUAUCAUAUAAAUAUUCUAAAACGAAUUGUUAAAAAUAUCAUAAAAUAAAAAAAUGGAAGAUGUUGAAGAGAGGAAGUCAAUAAGUUUUUGAAACAUGAAUAUUGGAAUUUGAUUAGCGUAUGCCAUAAGAGGGUCUAUACUUAAGGUGUGUAAAACUUGCUGGUAAUAAACGAGGUACUAGGAA